UAAAGACAUCUCUGUGUUUGGCUUUCUGGAAGAUGAACCAGCAGAAUCAAGGAUCAGGCCCUCCAUUGAAUGUUCCAAUGAAACGAAAACGUGGCCGACCACGAAAAGAAGAAAGUGUAGUUCAAGGGGCGAAUGUGCCUGUAAUGCCUGGUUCUAACAAUGUGUUGAACUCCAACCAAACAGCAGGUACAACAACUGUUUGUGAUGAUGAAAUGGUGGGGAAGGUAGUCACUGGUGUCAUUGAUGGCACUUUUAAUGCUGGAUAUCUUCUUAGUGUUAAGGUGGCAGACACUGAUGCUUUCUUAAGAGGCCUUGUGUUUGUAGAAGACCAAGUUUCUCCAGUUAAUGUAGAAAAUGAUGUGGCUCCACAUGUCAAAAUGAUUGAAAGGAAAGAAAUUCCAAUUCCAGUUGUUAACCCACAGGCAGAGAUACAUGGUUCUGUUCCCUCAUCAGUGCAAUGCAACAAGCAAUCUUUUGAGCCAGAAUUACAGCAGGUGCCUAUGUCUGAAGAGCAAGUGCUACCAACUGAGAUCCAUUCUGGCAUCUCGGGUUUACUUGAGAAUCAAUCUUCCUCUACUUUGAUACCCAAUUCCAUUUCCAGUGAAGGAAUUCCACAGGGGAUACAAGAGCCCGGGCAUGUGAAUCAGUCUACCUCUAUCUUGUCAGAGUUGGAUCAUGACAAAACUGUUAAACAAGGGGAAACAUUGCAUGAACUUGAUGCUUCCACACAGGUAAAAGAAUCUAGUGCUGAUGGAGGAGAAACAAAAGUCUCGGAAGCAGUAUCUGAACUCAUCAACCUAGUUCCACCAAUUGAAAACACCAAUAUGGAGCUCGGAACAGGACAGCAGACUCUGCCUUAUGUGCAGCAGCUGAAUGAACCAAAUAUAUCAAAUAUUGAAUUCAACCUGAUCCCUGUAUCUGCUGAACCUGAAGCCUUGUCAUGUGAGCAGACUACUAAAACUGUUAAUUACUUUGUGGAGAAGCAGGAGUUGCCAAAAACUGAUGUGCUAGAAGAUACAAAGACAAAGCUUGCUAUUGAGACUUCAAGCAAUGUUGACACCUCAAACUCAAACGGAAAACCAAGUACUGAUGUUGUUAGCAUUCCUGUUGUGGGAUCAAACCAUAGACUUGACACCAGCCAGCCUGAAUCCAUGCCAUCUGAACAGGUUGGUAAAUCUGUUCCUUCUGAGUCCAAGUUCUCAUCUGAAGGACAUGAUUUGUGGGGGAAGAGAGAUCCCCAGAACUGUAGCUCUUUUGGUGACAUCAAUAAGGUGGAUUUCAAUCAACCUACUGAAUCUUUAGCCAAGUCAAUAGAAUCUGAGAAACAGAUUGGAUCAGACACUUGAAAUUUUUGGUUUGAAAAUAUGGAGAAGGUUGUCUUCCAUAGUUGGAGAUCAGGCUGGAAAAUAAAUCAGUAUGGUAGACAUUUAGAUAUAUAGUUUCAAUUCUCAAUGUUUUAUUUUUUUCUUUCGAGUAUCUCGCUUUGCUCUUUUUUCGGCAAUGGAGGAAAAGGAACUAAAACAGCUAAGGAGUCCUAAGGAAGGCUACACUAGCAGCAUCCGCAGAUAACUGCAUAUUCAGCUGAGGGGGAAACUCGUGCAAAUAACUUUUGUUUUGCUGUCCCUUUUUUAAAUAAAGAAGUUUUCUUUUCAACUGUCUAUACAUCUUAAUCAUCUUAACUGUGGUGUCUGAACACAUGCAGCUGGAUUGUUGACGGAGAUAAAUAAUA